GGAAUAUGUAAUACCCCGGUACGCAGACUUAGCUUCACAACCCCGUGUUCAUACACAUGAAUCCACUUUUUGGACAAUAAUGGCAUAACCUCCCUAUCAUGGACACCUCUACAUUACAGACACCAACGCUCAGUCCCACGGGUGUCCACAAUAGAGAGGUUGUAUUGUAACAUCAAAUACAAAAAUGGAAGAAAAACGGAAGCCGAUAUUCGAGGAUGUGUUCGAACUGAUGGGAGGCGCGGGCUGUUUUCAAGUCGGUCUCUACUUCCUAUGCUGCGGCAUCGAGGUUUCAGUUGCCCUGUCGGUUGUCUUCUAUUACUUCGAAUACGCUAAUCCUGGAUGGACAUGUGCUCCAGAAUCAAACGCUACGGGGGCGAUGCGAUAUAAUUUCACGGCGCAGGGUCAACAUGCCUGGACCGGACUUGAAAAUAUUACGGCGGCGUUUGAAAACGAGACGUCGCUCAAAGACUACUGCCCUGCGGAUGGAUCUACCCGAUGUGAAAAUUUGAAGUAUGCCAGCGAUUUCACGUCCAUUUCAACGGAGUGGGACUUCAUCUGCAACAGGCGCUACCUCGGCCGACUAACAGCAAGUCUUUACUUCGUCGGCGUCCUCGUCGGUUCCUGUGGGAGCGGCUACUUUUCGGACAGCUAUGGGCGCAGGAGGACGCUACUGGCCAUGUGGGUGAUGCUAAUUGUGUCGCAGACGAUAUCUGGCUUUUCGCCCGUCUGGGAGAUGUAUUUGCCAGUGAGGAUACUGGCUGGAAUUAUGGCAGGAGGAUGUUCGACAGUAGCCAUGAUUCUCCCAAUGGAGUAUUUUGGCCCAAGGUACCGAAUAAUAACCUCAAAUCGUAUUGGCUGGCAGAUAGGAGGCCUACUGCUGGCUCUUGUCGGUUACUUAACCCGGAGUUGGCAAUACACUGCCAUGGCUAACGGGCUGAUGAUGGUUCCACUAGUCCCCUUGAUUGCAAUCUUCAUGCCGGAGAGUGCGCGCUGGUCCAUGCAGAAGGGUCGCAUCAAGGAGGCUAAGGGUUGGAUCAAGCGAAUUGCCAAAUGUAACGGAAAACCUCAGCCGGAUUUGACUAUUCUGGAUGACAUCGCGGAGGCAGAGAGGGACAAGAUGCGCACGACCAAGAAUCUAACAUAUCUUGAUUUAUUUCGUACCAAGAGAUAUAUGCUUCGGACGUCGGCACUCUUUCUUGCAUGGUUUGACAUAUCAUUGAUAUCCUAUGGUAUCGGUGCUGACAUGGAGGUAUUGACAGGGAGCAUGUACUUAAACACCACCAUCAUGAGUUUAUGUCUCCUAGUUUUGGGGUGGAUGACGAUUCCUGUCGCAAAUAGGAUUGGUCGGUUAAAGACCUACAUAAUCUACAAAACGGGUCUCAUAUCCUGCAUGGUUGUGUCAAUGUCGCUAGCAUUAGUCGACGAAAAACAAUACGCCGUCUACAUCACCGCUGUUGUCCUAUUCAGCUAUGUUUGGCAGUCAGGAGUCUGGGCUCUGGUGUUCGUCUUUGCGACCGAGGCAUUCCCGACUCUAUUGAGAACAAGGGCCAGUGCAGUUGGAAAUAUUGCUUCCAGAGUGGCCGGGAUAGUAGCCCCACAGAUUGGUCUGCUGACUGUGUACCAUGCCUCCAUCCCAUAUAUCAUCUAUCUGACAGUGGGGGUCGUCUCAACGAUCCUGGUCAAACUGGGGAUACCCGAGACCAACAAUAAACCACUGAUGGAGGAUUUACCCGAGAAGAUCAAGGAGAGGGAUCUUGAAAGUACGGGACAUCGGGAGAACGAACGGCUUGAUGAACAAGAGGAAAUAUUGAACACCACCCUGUAACGUCUUUAAGGGAUGCCAAUGGAUAUUACAGGGUACUUGUUUUCCCUUUCGUUUUUUCACUGUAAAUCUUAGACACGGGCGCCAACAUGGCCCUGGCUCUAUCAAGGUGAUUGUAAACAUACUCUGUCACUGUCACUGACAAAUUCCCCCCCAAAGAUGCCAUGCAAUUUAUGACCACACUGUGAUAAAGAUGAGUGAUAUUUCAGGGAAAGUCUUGUCAUGAAAAUCAUGACUUAAAUCUUCGGGACAGAAAUCUAGAGUUGACAGAGAAUUCGUUCUGUAGAAAUCAGUUAGUUUCCACCAUUAGUUAGUUUUAUAGCCUGUGAUACAAGGUCUUCCAAACGUGUGUGGUUUUAUAUUCAGUGUACAUUUUAUUAAUAAAAACUUAUUAU